UAAAAGGGCCUAACAUAAAAAGUCCGAGCAUAGAUUAACUUUUAUAUUUUUACUAGACCAUAUGCCAAACAGUUGAGUCAAGAUGCAUAAAAAACUGUGCUCGGUUCUGCUUCUGCUUGCAGUGGCAGCUCCAAAUAUUGCACAAGAUGAAGACAUGAUGACAGUUUGCAGCUUUGAGGGAGACCUGAGAUUGGCUGGAGGAGGUUCCAAUGCCCUCAACGGGAGAGUGGAGGUGUGUUUCAACAACCGAUGGGGGACGGUCUGCGACGAUGACUGGGAUGACAGAGAUGCACAAGUUGUGUGCAGACAACUGGGGUACUCAUCUCAAGGUGCCCGAGGCUAUCGGGGAGAAUUCGCACAAUAUGAGCCUGGAACUGGUCUCAUCCACUUGGAUAAUGUCCGCUGCACAGGAGAUGAGGAGGUAUUAGCCAACUGCACUGCACAGGCUAUUGGAGAACACAACUGCAACCACUUCGAAGAUGCCGGGGUGCUAUGUGAAGAGGCUGGUUUUUCCUGUGCGGAUGGUGAUAUAAGACUACUGAACGGCAAGACAAUGUACGAGGGUCGAGUUGAGGUCUGCCUGAACAACAAGUUUAGCACUAUCUGCUCGAAUGGCUGGGGGGCAGAGGAAGCUAUGGUGGUGUGCAACCAGUUAGAAUUCACUGAGGGCGGAAUUCCGUACUCAACAAGUAGAAUCAGCUUUGGAUUUGGUGUGGGGGAUAUUAGCUGGAAUCGACUCAACUGUGUAGGCAAUGAGAACAACCUCACCCAGUGCUCUUCUGACACCUCCUUCGAUCUAUUCUGCGAUCACUACGAUGACGUCGGAGUCCUCUGCCCUCAACCUAACGCAUCUUGUGCGGACGGAGAUGUCAGACUAUCAGGAGGACGCAUCAGUUCUGAGGGCUUUGUGGAGAUCUGCUUCAACGGGCACUGGGGCACCAUCUGCCACAACGGAUGGGACGAAAACGAUGCUAAUGUACUCUGUGGAGAGCUGGGAUUCGUUAGAAAUGGGUCUGUUGCAAUCAGAUUCGGUAAUUUGGGACGAGGAGAUGAUUUGAUACUAUUAGAUAGAGUGGCAUGCACUGGAAAUGAGAGCAACUUGAAUUCUUGCCCAAGAUCUUCUACCGUUGGGGAUAACUUUUGCACUCAUCUUCAGGACGCUGGUGUCAUCUGUGUUGACCCCAACAACACGUGCACCAAUGGUGACAUACGAUUGGUGGAUGGGGAGACUUCAAACGAGGGAAGAUUGGAGCUCUGUUUCAACAAUCACUGGGGGACAGUAUGUGACGAUGAUUUUGACAGUGUAGAGGCUGCUCUAGUGUGCAGGCUGCUCGGAUUCAAGGAAGAAGGUGCUGUUGGACUUCAUGGUGCAUUCUUUGGUGAGGGAGUUGGGAUAAUUUUCCUGGACAAUUUAGAGUGUACUGGUAACGAGAGCAGCUUCCUUGAAUGCUCCCAUGUGGGUAUUGGCAAUAGCAACUGUCGCCAUAGCGAGGAUAUCAGUAUUCUGUGUCAAGCUGCCAAUAGCUCGUGCAUAAACGGAGAGAUCCGAUUGAUCAAUGGUAGCGAGGCAAACUCAGGUCGUGUGGAGGUGUGUUUCAACGGACGGUUUGGGACAGUGUGUGAUGACAAUUGGGACAUGCAAGAUGCAACUGUCGUGUGCAAUCAACUGGGCUACACUGGAGAAGGUGCUAUUGGUCUGUCUGGUGCAUACUUUGGACAAGGCACUGGUCCAAUCUUCUUUGACAAUACAGAGUGCAACCCAGCCAACCACUCCACCCUCAUCUCCUGCUUUGAUGUUGAGAACGAGGCUGGGGUACACAACUGUGACCAUGUGGAGGAUGCCUCCGUCAUAUGCCCUGUUGCUAAUCGGACUUGUGGAGGUGCGCUCAACGGUGACAUUCGUCUUGUCAACGGUAGCACUGAGUUGGAGGGCCGAGUGGAGUUGUGUCUGGAUGGAGAGUGGGGGACCAUUUGCGAUAACUUCUGGACAGACAAUGAUGCAGCUGUUGUGUGCACACAGCUAAAUUAUGUACCCACUGACGCACAGGCUCUCAAAGGAGCUGCCUUCGGUCCAGGAGUGGGCGAUAUUUUUCUCGAUCGGUUCUUCUGCGGUGGUGAUGAGACCAAAAUCACUGACUGCACCUAUUUCACAGUAAUCCCCGGGAGUUGCUCACAUGAUCAGGAUGUGGGUGUGGUUUGUUCAGAUGCUGCAUGUACUGAUGGUGAGAUCCGAUUGGUCGAUGGGCAGCUCCCUUCAGAGGGUCGAGUGGAGGUCUGCAUCGGUAACCAAUUUGGGACAGUGUGUGACGAUGGAUGGGACAGCAAAGAUGCGGCUGUUGUCUGCAGACAGCUAGGAUACAAUGAUGGAAUAGGUGCUCUUGCCCUCCCGCUGGCUUUCUUUGGCCGUGGUACUGCUCAAAUCCUAUUUGCCAAUGUGGAAUGCCUUGGAAACGAGACUGACUUGUUGAGCUGCUCCCAUAAACGUGAUCCUUUCUGCUUCCAUUUUGAGGAUGCAGGAGUCCUCUGUGAAAGUGCCAACGACACUGCAAUCUGUGAGAAUAGUGACAUCCGAUUGGUCGGAGGAUCUGGUCCGUACGAAGGCAAUUUGGAGGUGUGCUUCAGUGGUAACUGGGGUACCGUGUGUGGCGACUUAUGGGACUCCACAAAUGCCCAAGUAGUGUGCACAAUUCUUGGCUAUGAGGCACAAUACGCACUGUCUACAAGAUCGGCUUAUUUUGGUGUGGCUGAUAAUGGAAUUAUCAUACUUGACAACGUGGAUUGUGUGGGCAACGAGACAAAUAUCCUCCAAUGUCCUAGUAACAACCCAGGGGACCAUGACUGCUCACACUCAUUGGAUGCUGGUGUCAUCUGCUCAGUGACUAACUCGAGUUUUGAUUGUCAGUCUGGAGAGAUGAGGCUGGUGGGUGGGGAAACCCCCAAUGAGGGGAGGGUGGAGGUAUGCGUAAAUGGAGAGUGGGGUACCGUCUGUGAUGAUCUUUGGGAUGAUUUUGCUGCCUCAGUCGUCUGCAGGGUACUCGGAUAUGGAGAAGAAAAUGCUCAAGCGAUUGGUGAAGCAGAGUUUGGACAGGGUAGUGGUGUAAUCCUGAUAUCCAGUGUAGUCUGCACUGGGACUGAGACGAGUCUAUUGGAUUGCCCACUGCAAGGACCAAGUACACUCUGCUCGCAUAGAGAGGACGCAAGUGUCAUUUGCAACCGACCGAUAUGCUUUGACGGAGAGAUCCGAUUGGUCAACGGAAUGAGUGCGUGGGAGGGAGAUGUGGAGUUGUGUCAGGACAGAGAGUGGAGUGGAAGUGUGUGUGAUACUUUCUGGGACAACAGAAAUGCUGAAGUGGUCUGCAAUCAGCUGGGCUACCCCAGUCAAGGUGCUGUGGCUACCCGAGGUUCGUUUUUUCGCGGACCAAUAGCUCCAUAUAUUAUAAACCUGGUGGACUGCGGUGGUAAUGAGAGCAGCCUGCUCGAGUGCCAAUACAUCAGAUCGACCUUCUUCUGUUUCGGCAAUGCCGGAGUCAUUUGCCCUACAAUAAAUGAGACAAACAGCUGCACAAAUGGUGAUGUUCGUCUUGGUGAUGGAAGCAAUGAGUAUGAGGGUAGAGUGGAGAUGUGUUUGCAUGGUCGAUGGGGGACUGUCUGUGAUGACAGCUGGGACAGCAGAGAUGCUCAAGUCGUUUGUAGACAACUGGGAUACACUGGCACCAACAACUCUGGAAUAGCAGUGCCGGCAAGAAGGGCAAAGUUCGGACCAGGAAACGGCUUUAUCAUUCUGGAUGAGGUCAACUGCAACGGCUCUGAGCCUUCUCUACUGCAGUGCAGAGCUGCCGAAUUAGGUGUACACAAUUGCGGGCCAUCAGAGGAUGCUUCAGUCUACUGUCCAUAUCCUGGGUCUCCUUGUCCGAAUGGAGAUGUGCGAUUGGCUGAUGGAGACAAAGAGGACCGAGGGAGAGUGGAGUUCUGUGUGGGUGGAGUCUGGCACACCAUUUGUGCCGAUAGCUUUUGGACCAACCAAGAUGCACAAAUUGUGUGUCGCCAGCUGGGAUACCCGGCACCUGAGAAUGCUAUCUCUAUCACUGUUGGGGGUGGAAGUGGCCCCAUACAGGUAACACACCUCCAGUGCAGUGGAAACGAGGCACGAAUCACCGACUGUCCUGUACCAGACUUCGCUCUCAUCAGUCUCGCUUGCUCGUCACAUGACAGCGACGCUGGCGUCAUCUGUAUACCAGAUAUUGACAACACAACAUGUUACAAUGGUGAAGUGAGAUUGGUGGAGGGGAUGACUGCCAAUGAAGGUCGAGUGGAGGUGUGCUUUGCCAACCGAUGGGGUACCAUCUGUGACGACUCUUUUGGGGCAGAGGAGGCCAGGGUUAUCUGCAGACAGCUUAACUAUACUGAGAAUGUUAAUUCAUCACUGGCCAUUGGUAGAGGUUUCUUUGGUCAGGGGCAGGUGCCUAUCCACCUGGACGACUUGAUGUGUGAAGGUGAUGAGCGGACGCUGCUCGAGUGUAUUCAUAACGGAGUGGGGUUACACAACUGUGGACACGCUGAGGAUGCCGGAGUGGUGUGUAUUGCACCAAAUCCAAAUUGUGACACGGGAGAUGUUCAAUUAGUCAACGGCAAAACGAAGUUCGAAGGUCGUCUGGAGGUGUGUCUUGGAGGCAGAUGGGGGACAGUGUGUGACGAUGAUUUUGACAAUCUCGACGCCACCGUGGUGUGCAGACAACUAGGCUUCUCAAACAAUAUUUCCAUUGCUACGGAUGCUCUGGAAUAUGGUAUUGGUGAAGGUCUCAUCUUCCUGGACGAGCUCGACUGCACUGGGUCCGAGAGAGGACUGCUCGAGUGUUCCAGUAACGACCCUGGCAUACACAACUGUUUCCACGGCGAGGACGUUGGAGUUAUCUGUCUGACCUCCAAUUCCACUCGCAGCUGUACCUCUGGUGAUGUGCGACUGGUGGGUGGAGCCAGAGAUAAUGAGGGUAAUGUGGAGGUGUGUCUGAAUGACCAGUGGACGAGUGUAUGCAGCCAGGGCUGGGACAGGAAGGAUGCAGCUGUCCUCUGUAACUCUCUCGGCUAUGACGGAAACAACUCUCUUUCAGUCUCGAAUUCAUUCUUUGGAAGAGGCUUUAAUGGUGCACCCUCAGUGUCUGGGGUCAACUGUGUGGGGAAUGAGACUGACCUCUUCAACUGCACUUACACCACCCCUGGAAACUGUAACUCAAACCAGAUUGCUGGUGUCCUUUGCCCGCCAGUGAUUCCGGCUAAUUGUACUAACGGUGACAUUCGAUUGAUCGGAGGGAGGACUGUAUAUGAAGGUCGAGUAGAGAUGUGUCUCCAUGGCUACUGGGGAGGGGUGUGUCCAUCUGAUGCUCACUGGGGCUAUAGUGACGCCACUGUAGUGUGCAGACAACUGGGAUACACAGAAAAUGGUAUUGCUGUUGCUUCAAACAACUUUGAUCGUUUUGAAACCAGAUCCAGAAGUUUGUAUCUCCUGGGUAAGGUGCAGUGUACAGGCAAUGAGACCACCCUACUCGAGUGUAGGGCCAGUGAGCUAGGAGAUGAAGUAUCAUGUGCAUCAUUUGAGGUUGCUGGUGUCUUCUGUCCCUACCCAAGCAGUGGGUGUAGAAACGGUGAUGUGCAGCUAGUAAAUCAGGGGAACGAACACAGUGGACGUGUGGAGUUGUGUGUGGGUGGAGUCUGGAAGUCACUCUGUGUAGAUCCGUUCUUCCAUGUCUGGAGCAACAGAAAUGCACAAGUUGUGUGUCGACAACUGGGCUAUGAAAAUGUAGAAAACGCUGUUAGCAUUGUUGUCCCUAGUAGCACUGACUUUGGUUUUGACUUGUUUCUUAGUUAUAUUGAUUGUCUUGGUAACGAGAGCACCCUUGUCAGUUGUGACUUACAACAAAGUGGUUUCCCUUUCGAGGCAUGUCUAUUUGCAGACACGUAUGCAGCCGUCAUUUGUCAAUCACCUGAGCCUUGUACAAAUGGUAACAUUCGAUUGGUCGAUGGAGCGGCAGACUUUGAAGGUCGUGUUGAGAUUUGCUUGAACAACGUAUGGGGCACAGUGUGUGAUGACGCAUGGGGCAGCCCUGAGGCACAGGUAGUGUGUAGGCAGCUGGGCUUCACAAACGACAUUGAAGGGUCCGUGCCUUUCAGCGGUGCUUAUUUCGGAGUGGGUAUUGUCCCGAUUCAUUUAGAUGAGCUGGAGUGUGACGGUGAUGAAUUGAUGCUCUCCGACUGUGGGCAUUCGGGGGUGGGCAUUCAUAACUGUGGGCACCAUGAAGAUGCUGGAGUCAUCUGUGUAUCUAACAAUGCAACAGGCUGCACAUAUGGAGACCUUCGCCUAGUUGGUGGAACUUCUGAUCUUGAGGGUCGACUGGAGGUGUGUGCUGGAGGGAGAUGGGGGACAGUGUGUGACGAUGAGUUCAACGAAAUAGAUGCCAGUGUGGUCUGUAGACAGCUGGGCUACUAUCCUGAGAAUGCUAUGUUUGAGGACAGUGGAGUGUUUGGUGAAGGGAAUGGUUUGAUCUUCCUUGAUAACCUGCUCUGUAUCGGUAAUGAGACCAGGCUGAUUGACUGUCCACAUAACGGAUUGGGUGCCAACAACUGUUUCCACGAUGAGGACGUUGGAGUGAGGUGUACGGAACUCCCUCCCACCACCAACCCCCCCACUACCAACACUACAGGCACUCCAGCUCCCAGCUGUAUGGAAGGUUCUGUGGAGCUGAGAGGCAUAGGAGCCACUCAGGCUAGCGAGGGUACAGUGCAGCUGUGCAAGGAUGGCCAAUGGGGCACCAUUUGUGAUGAUGACUGGGAAACAGCUGAUGCUGUUGUCGUGUGCAGGCAACUCGGACUCAUGACUGAUGGUGCUAUCGGAGUACGAGGAGCAUUCUUUGGUCGAGGGGAUGGGCCUAUCCACAUCCUGUCCAUUCAUUGCCAGGGUUCAGAGUCCUCUAUCGCAAACUGCCCUGUGUCCAACUCCGCCCUAUUUUGCGGUCAUCACGAGGACUCUGGUGUUAUCUGCCCUCCAGAUCAGCCGCAAAACUGCACAAAUGGUGCUGUUCGUCUUGGUGAUGGGAGCAAUGAGUAUGAGGGUAGAGUGGAGAUGUGUUUGCAUGGUCGAUGGGGGACUGUCUGUGAUGACAGCUGGGAUAGCAGAGAUGCUCAAGUCGUCUGUAGACAACUGGGAUACACAGAGAAUGGACUACCUUGGGCUGCACAUGGAGCAAACUUCGGAGAGGGUAGUGGUUUCAUUCUUUUGGACGAGGUGAACUGUCAGGGAGCAGAGAACACAUUGCUAGGCUGUAGAGCAUCAGAUAUUGGUAUUCACAACUGCAGAUCUUCUGAGGAUGCUGGAGUCUUCUGCCCCUAUCCUGGCAUGAACUGUAGUAAUGGAGAGAUCCGAUUGGUUAAUGGUGAUAUGGAUAAUACGGGACGAAUGAUUUCGGGACGAGUGGAAGUGUGCGUUGGUGGGACGUGGAGUACUGUGUGUGCUGACUUCAACUGGGACGAUCGAGAAGCUAGGACAGUCUGCAGGCAGCUGGGCUACACUGACUUGUCUGAUGCUCUGGCAUUGAGUGGUGCAGUGUACGGAGAGGGGGAGAAUCCAAUUCUCGUGGGCUCCCUCAACUGCUCAGGGGAGGAGAGUGAGCUGUUUAGAUGCAGUACUUUAGGAGGCAUCCGCUUCACCUGCACACAUGCUAAUGAUGCAGGAGUGGAAUGUGUAGGAGACAACGUGUUUGUCUGUGAUGAUGGGGAUAUUCAACUGGUGAAUGGAGCCACUCCUAACGAGGGUCGAGUGGAGAUCUGCUUCAACAACCACUGGGGUACUAUCUGUGAUGACCAAUGGGGACCUCAGGAGGCAACGGUGGUGUGCAGACAGCUGGGCUAUGGUGAUGGUGAAGGAGCUGUGGCCAUUCCCAGAGCAUUCUUUGGUGAGGGUACAGGGCGUAUCCACCUGGACGAUGUCAACUGUGAGCGCACUGAGACGUCACUCAUGCAGUGCCAAAGCAGCGAAGUCUCAAACCACAACUGUGGACACAGUGAGGAUGCUGGAGUCAUUUGCAUAGUUGCCAACGCUACCUGUGUGUAUGGAGACCUUCGCCUAGUGGGUGGAGCUUCUGAUCUUGAGGGUCGACUGGAAGUGUGUAUUGGAGGGAGAUGGGGGACAGUGUGUGACGAUGAUUGGGACGAGAAGGAAGCACAGGUGGUGUGUAGGCAGCUGGGUUUCUCUCAAGAAGGAGCCGUCCCUCUAAAAAGAGCAUUCUUCGGACAGGGUACCGGUCCUAUCUUCUUUGAUGAGUCAAACUGUCUUGGAAACGAGAGCAUGCUCAUCGAGUGUCCUAGCUCUGGAGUGGCUGUGCACAACUGUCUACAUUCCGAGGAUGCAGCUGUCAUCUGUCAACCGCUUCCAUGUACCAAUAACAAUGUUCGUUUGAUUGGAGGUCUCGACCAGUUCAACGGCAUCCCUCAAGUGUGUGCCAACCAAUUAUGGGGAUCCAUUUGUACCGAUGAUUUCAACCCCCAAACAGCCAGCGUGAUUUGUGAUGGGCUUGAUUCUAACAAAACUGGUGCUCUUCAAGUUCCCUCCUCUCUGUUUACACUUGCUAAUGCUGAUACAAGCAAUACCUUUAGUCUCAAUGUCACCUGUGAUGAUAAUGACUGUUCCUUUGUUCCAAAUUCUCUCUCAACCUGUACCAAUUUUGCGGGUGUCUUGUGUCCCUCUAUACUGGAUAACGAGGCAGAGAGGGUGUGCCGGUCAGGAGAGGUGAGGCUGGGUGGUACCGUGGAUGGCUCUCAAGGAAGAGUAGAAGUGUGCUUCAACAACAUCUGGGGGACCGUCUGUGAUGACUCAUGGGACGACAAUGGUGCAGCUGUCGUGUGCAGACAACUAGGACUGCCAAGUGAUGCUGCGUUUGCUGAGAUGGAGGGAAAGUUUGGACCAGGGGUGGGGCCAAUCUACCUGGACGAUGUCAAAUGUUCUGGCACAGAGUCCCAUAUUCUAGAGUGCUCUCAACUGCCGCUUGCCUCCAUACACAACUGUGCCCACAGUGAGGAUGCCACUGUGGCCUGCCCAGGAGUUGAAGUGACUACCGCUGCUCCCCCCACGACCUCUGCUCCCCCCACUACCGCUGCUCCCCCCACUACCACUGCUCCCCCCACUACCACUGCUCCCCCCACUACCACUGCUCCCCCCACUACCACUGCUCCCCCCACGACCACUGCUCCCCCCACAACCACUGCUCCCCCUACAACCGCUACUACCUCCACUACCACUGCUCCCUCCACUACCACUAGUACUAAAGAGCCACCAAGUGUCAACGUAGCUGGUCAGAACGGGUCCAGCAUGGUUGCCAUAAUUGUGCCUCUCGUCCUGAUUAUUAUUCUGCUCAUUCUCAUCAUUGUGGUGGUUCUGAUCAUCUUCUUAGUCUACAGGGCUCGCAAAUCUGGUAAAUUUUCAUUCAGAAGCUUUGAAGACGAGCGUCCAAUCGUGAGCUCCGAUUCCUUCUCUUCUGAAGCACCCAUUAAUAAAGAUUUAGAACUGGUUGAGAAAACUGAUCAGUUUUAACCAUUUAAGCCGAACUACUUGUAUACCUAUUCCUGAACUGUUGUACACAUUUAAUAAUGCACACACGAAUCAAUAUUGUUAACUCUUUUUUUCUCUUUUCAAUAAUUG